AUGCCACAGCAGAUCGAUCAAGGCCACAAGUCUCCUCGCGCCAUACCACAGCCAGGGCCACUUGCACGCAAGGCCCGGGCCACGUUGUACCACAAGUACGCUGGGCUGCAGACGCUGGCGCAGGUAUUGUCCACAGUGUCGUACGCGACUCCGUCCUCAUUCGUGUGCCCAUUCGCGUCGUCCCCGUCCUCGUCAUCUUCAUCGUCGGCGGUGGCAUCAUCAUCCACCUCGUCUUCAAAAUCAUACCCUUUGUUGACAAUCAACAGCCCUACCUCUCCUAAUUUCGGAAUAGAUCUUAGCCAGACAAACACCUUUGACUCAGGAUCAGGCUCCGGCUCAGGCUCAGGACCCAGUUCAAAUGCUCCAGCGUGUUCCACCUCUUCCACUCCUUCCUCCACUUCUUCACACACAAGUAGCAUCUGGGGCGUGUGUUCCCGCCAGCGCGCACUCGACACACAGCUCUGUGGACGCACGCUCUACACCGACGAGCCUGAGGAGACACUGACACCAAAGCAGCUCACCUUCCCUUCCAGUGUCGGUGGCGUAUCCUCCAAGGUUGUUUCCAUAGACCAGUGCCACAGCAAAAGAAGCAGCAGCAGUAACAGCAAAAGCCACAGCAAGAGCGCCAGACAGCCACGACUCAGCAAGCUCGAGUCACCACAUCUCGACAAAACCAAGUCAGGACGCGACGCAAGUCAAAAAGUUAGCGGUAACAGCAGCAGUUGCAACACACACAGCAGCAUCCGCCAGCGCGCGUCGCCGCGUACCAGCUUCCGCGCCUUUCCACGAGCUUUACACCUAGAUUCAGCUUCAGAUUUCGAAUUAGAUUCAUCCAGAGAUGGAGACAACAGCAGCAGCAACGGCAGCAACAAUGCACGGGUAUACUCCGCCGCAGACGAGGCGCUGGUUGGCAAACAUUCUUACGGUAGCGACUCCUUGCUACCGAAUUCCCCCAGCGACAGCGUCUGCGGCUUCGGCACCGGCUCUGUGUCUCAUCCAGACCAGACCGCCAAUACUGAAGGCGCAAACCAAACCUCUUCCCCAAGUAGGGCGAGUUCUAUCCACUCUCCGAGAAGGGAAUCGUCCAGCUCAACCGAAAAACAUGCUGCUGGAGUACCAUCAGCACAAGCACACCGUCAGCCGACAUCCGAGGCGAGUGGAUCUUGGCGGAGGUACGAGGAGAAGAGGGAUGAGCUUAUCAACCUCCUCGACGCGCAUCUCGCCGGAUACGAGAGCGUUCUCCCUCCGCAUGUCGUAUCCAACCCAGUGGAGACGCCGAAGCCUCUAAACGGCUUCGCGAUGCUGAAAGGGCGCAGCAUCGCAGUGCGCAAGGUGUGUGCUAUCGGGUCCGGCAAUGGGACGGCGCGUAUCGAGACCGUGCGUUCGGUCCCCCUCCCUACCUCUCCCUCUCCCCAGGCCAGGCAAACGAGCAGCGUUGGGACGGAGAGUCGGGGCGAAGUCGGCCUCAAAACCGACAGCAUAUGGGCGCUGAAGCGCUUCAAAACCCGCGAUGUGGCCUUCGCCGACGGCCUUCGCGCACGCUCGCAGCUAAAACGCGAGUGUGAAGUCUACAGGCGCAUCGCGGAAGCGCCGAGGGAGGGUAAAGUUGGGUUCGAGUUCAUAAUGAAUUUGGUCGCAACGCUGACCAUCCGCGGGGAGCACUGUCUCCUGUUGCCACUGAUGGCCACCGAUCUCGCGGAUGUGCUCGAUAGCAGACGCACGAUCGUGGCUCGUCGCGAUACACGCCGAAUUAUCGCGCAAAUUGCUACAGGGCUAGCCACCCUACACAGCAUUGGGGUCAUCCACAACGACCUCAAACCGGCCAACAUCCUCUUCACUCCCACCGGCACCAUCAAGCUCACCGACUUCGGGCUGAGCCAUUGCACGGCCACCAUGGCGCCGUUACACCGCGACACGGUGUACGCUUCGCGCGCAGUCGGGACGCGCGGGUACAUGGCGCCAGAAAAAGUGCGUACAAGGGGCUACAGUUACCCAGUAGAUUACUGGGCGCUGGGUUGCAUUUUCGCUGAGAUGGCCGGAGUCGAGGAUCGGACAUUGCGAAGUUUCGAGGAGUGUGGCGAUAUUCUGACGUGGGAGGAAGAUUACGGCGACGUCGAGGAGCGCAGGACUUUCUUCGAGGACCAAGAGCUCGACGAAGAUUCGCUCAGUCUCCUCCUGGAUCCCAACCCACAGACACGCUUCGGGUUUUGGGAACUCAUCUCCCACCCCUACUUUAAAAUCACUGAUGAUUUCUCCGAGUUCGACAAAAUUGCCGAAACGGAGCCAGAAAACUUCCUUAUCGUUGACUCGCCAAAUCCGGGCGACAAGUCAACACCAACACACCCAAUCGAGACAUCGGAUCCAACGAACGAUACCAUGUAUCGUUGGAUCAACCCAUACGGACCAUAUAUGUCACACUGUCGGACGGACUAA